UAAUUAUUCAUAACAAGAUGGCAAACAUACAUAUGCACGAAUUAAAUAAAAUGUAUUUGGAUCACUCGCAAACCUUUUUAAUCAAACUUCAUAACUUUUCAUAUAAACUUCAAACGAUUCCAUAUAAUAACUUUGUUCAAUUAAUAUAUUCUGGCUAAGUGUCGGGUAAAAAAAUAAUUAAUUAAUUACAAAUAAACGAAUGACUUACAAAUCUUUUUAAUUGCACUUCAAACUUCUUCAUACGACAAAUAUAAACGAUUACACAUAGCAAUUAUUGAAAAAGCGUUCACUUCCGUCAAGUGUGUGCGAAUUGCAGAAUGGGUAUCUUUAUUUUUAGUUACGUGAUGUCUUUUGACGCUGAAAAUGAGCGUCAAGCGUCAGCGUGAAAAAGGCAUCUUGAUCUUUUUGGUUUUGGGUGGAUGUUUAUUUGUCUUUCAAUUUUUAGUUUUACACACACGCCCGCGCGUGCGCACACGCACGCACACAAUAUAGUAAUCACACAUUAGUAAUCUUGUAUAUGUUUAUAUGUAUUUACAUAUUAUACAUUAUGUCAUUCUUCGGAAAAUUGUGGCAAAAAGUUGUAUAAAAAUCAAUACAAGGACACAUUUCGUGAAGUAAAAUUGCAUCAUGGACAAGUCAUGCAUAGCAUUAAAUGUUAAUACAGGUUUGCUGAAAAACGGUAUGAUGAUAGACAUGCAAGAAAGGAGAGAGAAAUCGGUAGAGAAUUAAUUAUGUUGACGCUUGUAAAAACUAUUUUUGAAUGUGCGAUAGAAAAAAUGGAAUUAGCAGCGGCUUUGUCUUCUCUUAUGUUAAAUCCUGAAGUAUCCGUAAUCCUUACAACUGAUCAAAUAAACAUAAAAAAUGAUGACUUUUUGUGUAAUAUCAAAUUUUCUCCUAAAUAUUUACUACAAUCAACAUAUAUUAAUGAGGAGGAUUUAAAUAUAUGUCCUAAAGAAACUUGGGACAAUACAAUCAAAUUUGAAGCAGUCUUUAAAGUAUUUAAGAUUUUUGAUAAACAUAUCGAUGUUCUUCAUUCCAGUUCUCUAUAUAAACAUACUUCAAUGACAUUGGCUUUAUUUUUGCAUCAUAUUCGUUAUUUUUUACAACAUGUUGUAAACAGAUUAUAUUUCACGCCAGAACAAGAGAGAAGCAAAAAACUACAUUACAGAAAACUUUGGCAUUUAAAAAAAAAAUCUAUUGAAGAAGUUGCUAGCUCUACUAUGGAUUUGGAGAGACAACGAAUUAAUCAUAAAAAGACACUCAAAGAUAUAGUCAAACGAUACAAGAAAAAUAUAGUUGCUAUCGAUGGAAUUGAUAAAAGAUGCAACGAAUAUGUCACAAAUACAAACAUGAGAUAUGAGAAGAAACAAAUUGCUGUAUAUAAAAUAUGGGAAUAUGAACAAAAUGAAACGCAGUCAGCAUUAAAAAAUAUUAUCGAUGAUCUCGAGUCUUUGAAAGAUAUAAAUACAAAAUUAGAACAAGUUAUUCGUAAGCGAAAGUUGAUAACUGAAUCGAAGUUAUUGGCAAUAAUGACUAAAUAUGAUACAGAAAUUGGCAAUAAAUGUAGAAUGUUGGAAAGUCUUAGCCAAAUAUAUGAGUACGAAAAGCAAGGGAAAUACGAUUUGGAGGUGAUUUUUCUAUAUAUGUAUAAUUUAUGCAUUUUACGCGCGUGCAUAUGCAAAAAAAUAAUCUCGUGACGAUUUAACUUUAUUAUAGAAAGAAAUAAAGCGACAAGAGAUAUAUUUUGUUUUUAUUAAACAGAAAGAGAAAUCUAAUGUAACACUUUUUUAUAAAUCUUUACCUAUGUUUGAACAAGAACGCUCGGCAAGGAUUAUCCAAAACUGGUGGCGCAAGAUUCUCUUGAAUAGAGAAGGAAAAAAAAAGUUUAAAAGAAAAAAGUAAUUUUGUACAUAUUUUUUAUAUCACAAUGUAUCAAAACCCAUUUUAUGCAUGAAGCUUGGUUUAAUGACCUAUCAUUGAUUUUUCUUUUUGACUCUAAUGGAUAUUUUUAAAAUGUUAACUAAAUCUUAAAAUUAGAAGAAUGACGAAAAAACUUGAAAUGUUGUUUGUUUAAUGAACCAACCUAAUUUAUUUACAUUUCUUGUACAUUAAAUUGUUAGCUUUAUAAUAAUUUACUCCUUUCAUUUUAAAUACAAUAUUUUCAGUUAUAAUAAUUAAAUCUUGGUAUGUUAUACGAACAUAGUACAUGUCCCGUAUAUUAUUAAAUAGAAGUAAUAAAUGCUACGUAAUAAAUAUAAUUAUAAAUCUAUGUAAUAUGUAAAAUUUGAUUACGUGAUCGUCAUUGAUAAUAUUGUCGAAACAGACAACUCAAGGAGUAUACGAUGAGAUAUUUCAAUUGAAAUUUCUCUUUCACAAUUCCCAUAAUAUAUCUAUAAUAAUUAUUUUAUUGAGAACAUUCCGUAGUUGAAAUUGAAUAUGAGAAUACACGUUAACAACGAACAAAUAAUAAAAAUAUAAAUGUAUAUUUACUGAAAAAGCAUUGUUUUAUAAAUUAAAGUUUUUAUAAUAUAAAUUGUUAUGUAUUUAUUUUAAAAAUUCAAUAGUAAUGCUUGAAAUAAAGUAUUAUGAUUGAGACUCCUGGUCCCUUACCAUAGCUAUAUUGAAUUAGGAAUUUUUUCUCACUUACACAUAAAAAUAAGUUUAUUUUUUAUUUUAUUUGUUAUUCCAUUUGAUAGUAUAAAUACACUAAGUCCAAAAAACACUUUAUAUCGAAGUUACUUUUCGUUCAUGGAUUAAUAAAUAAUUUUAAAUCUCGAUUCAAAUUUUGUCAGUUGAAUCAAACGUUUAUUUAUGCAGGAAAAAAA